UCUUCUCGGUCACGGUACAGUUCGGGAAAGCUACCCGCUACUCAGCUGGCUCGUGCGGUUCGUUCAGGCAUAAACACAAACAUGUUGAGAUCACUCCGCACAGCCCUCUCUGUAAAACCAACCGACCAUGGCCUCCUCCUCUUCCUGCUCAAUCCGCGAAGAGACAUGCACAGCAGGAACAAGAUGGCCAUGGAGUUGAUAGCGAAAGGUUGGAGCGCUCUGAAGGAGGUCGAUCGAGUGAUCGACUACUGCGAGCUCAAUGAUCGCCGCCUCAUUCCUCUCCUCAGGACUGCGAAGGAGAACUUUGAAUUGGCUCUUGAGGCUGACAAUUCAAACACGCAUGCCAGAUAUUGGCUGGCUAAACUGCAUUUGAAGUACCAUGUUCCGGGAAAAUGUUUAGCUGUCGGUGCUGCCUUGCUGGUGGAAGCAGCUAAUAUGGGUGAUCCAGAUGCACAGUACGAAUUAGGUUGUCGUCUAAGAGUUGAGCAUGAUUACUUCUCCUCUGAUCAACAAGCUUUUUAUUAUUUGGAGAAGGCAGUUGACCAGCUGCAUUCAGGUGCUCUUUAUCUUCUAGGAGCUGUUUAUUUGACAGGGGACUGUGUGAAGCAAGAUAUUGCCUCAGGAAUGUGGUGUUUCCAUAGGGCAUCAGAGAGGGGGCAUGCUGGUGCAGCCAUAGCAUAUGGGUCUCUCCUUCUUAGAGGUUUUCAAGUUCCAGAAGUUUUGACAAAGUUCACAUCACCUAGAGGCUCAGCCGCCAGAAAAUCACGGAAGAGCGAGGACGUUCCGGCAGUGGACCCAGUAGAGAUGGCUAGGAAGCAGUUUGAGAUAGCCACAAAAGCAGGAUGCGAUCUGGGACUUAAAUGGUUGAAUAGACUAGAAGAGGAAGAAAAGAGGGUCCUGGCUUCAUGAUGAACUAACCGUGGUCCUACUUUUGAAAUCCAUCUCGUUCAUUGCUGGAGCCUUUCCAUUUUGAUAAGUAUGAAAUCGAAGGUGAGCAUUUAUAAGGAAAACGCAUGUCAAUUCAUGAACGAGUCCUGGUUCUUUUCGGGCGGUAUCUACCCUCAGCUGUCAAGAUAAGGGCAUGUGUGCCUCGGUAUUGUACUCCUGUCUAUGCUUGUAUAGAAUAAUGUAACCUGUCUCAAAACUAUACACACCUCGAUACUUAUGCUUGUCAAAGUUGGGAACAGUAGAGAGUGGCAGGGAUAUUAUG